CCGGAAGUGAUUUCUCGUGACCUUGGAGUGUCAGGCUGAGAGUAAUAGAAGAGGCAGCAUGGCUGGGAAAGAACCUGGAGGUUUUAUGCAGCAGCUGAGGCAGAUCGCAGGCCGGAUGUCCUCUGGCAGCCCGAGAGGCGCUGGCCUUGGCAUCAAACUGCUCAUCGGUGCUGGAGCGCUGGCUUACGGUGUCAAAGAAGCUACAUACACAGUGGAAGGUGGACAGAGAGCCAUCAUUUUCAACAGAAUUGGAGGCAUGCAGAUGGACACGGUGCUGGCGGAGGGGCUGCAUUUCAGGAUACCAUGGUUCCAGUAUCCAAUCAUAUAUGACAUCCGAGCCAGACCUCGCAAGAUUUCAUCCCUCACAGGAAGCAAAGAUCUUCAGAUGGUGAGCAUCGCUCUACGUGUGCUGUCUCGGCCUGUGGCCUCCAACCUGCCGGCCCUCUACCAGCACCUGGGCCAGGACUACGAUGAGCGUGUGCUGCCUUCCAUCGUCAACGAGGUCCUGAAAAGCGUCGUAGCCAAGUUCAAUGCCUCACAGCUCAUCACACAGAGAGCUCAGGUGUCUCUGCUGAUCAGGAGGGAGCUGAUAGAAAGAGCUAAAGACUUUAACAUCAUUUUGGACGACGUGGCCAUUACGGAACUCAGCUUCAGCAAGGAGUAUACAGCUGCUGUAGAGGCCAAGCAAGUUGCUCAGCAGGAAGCCCAGAGAGCUCAGUUCUACGUGGAGAAGGCCAAGCAGGACCAGAAGCAGAAGAUCAUCCAGGCUGAAGGAGAGGCUGAGGCUGCUAAAAUGCUGGGUGAAGCCGUAACGAAGAAUCCUGGCUACCUUAAACUGAGACGCAUCCGAGCCGCCCAGAACAUCGCCAAAACGGUGGCGGCCUCGCAGAAUAGAGUCUACCUGAAUGCAGACAGUCUAGUGCUGAACCUGCAGGACGACUCCUUCGACAAAUUGUCGCUGGGGAAAUGAGAAGCCCCGUCCCAGAGGGUGUGCAUUCCAUGUGUUGAGUGUCUGCUGUAUUUUACGUCUUCUCCAAACCGACCUCUCAGCAGUGCCUGCGUCUGAGUGCAGCAAGGGCUUGGAUCCCCUAUAAAACACACACACACAUUUUAUAUAUAUAUAUAUAUAUAUAUAUAUAUAUAUAUAUAUAUAUAUAUAGGAAGACUUAAUACACAUGGUUUAGACACAACCUGUCUAUUAAAAGAGUCGAAGGUUACAGAAGAGUCUCAUCAUAAUUUGUGGAUUUAUAUUCUCUAAUGAAGAAUUCGUAUAGUUUCUGUACCAAAUCAAAGCAUUGAGAUAAGUAAUGUUUGAGACGUAGUAUUAUGAAUACACGCCUACGUAUUCUUUAAUCUGACACUGUUUAUAAGAGACACUCAGUUGUUAGUUACUGUUUACACAUUUGAUCUUUAGUUUGCGUUUGUCCCUGCUGUUUUUCCUGUGCUCAUGGACCAGCAGGUUCCUCUGCAAUGUGUAAUCUGACAAAACACUUAAAGGACAUUUCAUUAAAUCUUUUGAUUUUUCUGACUAA